AAAUUAGAAAUGGUUUUCAACAGCACCCAGAGAAUUCCAAAUUCAUGGCACAUGAACUUCUGCUCCUAUAAUCCAAAAACUGGGGAAGAGUCAAAAUCGCUAAAAUUCUUGUAUAAAAACUUAACAUAUUAAUCCAAUUAGCAAUCUCCCAAAUUGAAUCGCAAAAUAAAACUAGGGUUUCAGUACUGAUGGGGGAUGUAAUUCCAGAUUUUAUUCAACCCACUGAAUUCCGCCCAAAUUCCACCAUCAUAAUGGAAUCAAAAGAAAUCCCAGUAAUUGAUAUUUCUUCUUCAACUGAUUCAGUGAUUGGAGAAAUAAAAGAAGCAUGUGAGGAAUGGGGAUUUUUUCAGGUGGUAAACCAUGGAGUUCCUCAUGAAAAGAGAAAGAAAGCCGAGUAUUUAGCAAGGAAGUUUUUUGGUUUACCCAUGGAGGAGAAGAAGAAGGUGAGAAGAGAUGAAGAAAAUCCAUUGGGAUAUUAUGAUUCUGAGCAUACUAAAAAUGUUAGGGAUUGGAAAGAGAUAUUUGAUUUUACUGUUAAGGAACCAACUCUUGUUCCUGCUUCAUAUGAGAUUGGAAAUGAGGAAAUCAAAGAACUUAGGAAUCAGUGGCCUGAUUAUCCUCCUGAGUUCAGGGCAGCCUACGAAGAAUACACAGAAGAAAUGGUAAAACUAUCAUACAAGCUGUUAGAGCUUAUUGCAUUGAGCUUAGAUGUCCCUGCAGAUUGUUUCAGAGGCUUCUUUGAUGACCAUGCCUCUUUCGUUCGCAUCAAUUACUAUCCGCCUUGCCCCUUCCCUGAACUCGCUCUUGGAGUUGGUCCCCAUAAAGAUUCCGGUGCAUUAACUAUUCUCGCACAAGAUGAUGUUGGAGGACUUGAAGUCAAGCGAAAAAUUGACGGAGUUUGGAUCCUUGUUAAACCCACUCCAGAUGCCUACAUUAUCAAUGUUGGAGAUGUAAUCCAGGUUUGGAGCAAUGACAAGUACGAGAGUGUGGAGCAUAGAGUAAAAGUGAAUCCUAACAAGGAAAGAUUAUCAAUUCCUUUCUUCUUUAAUCCGUCAUACUAUGUGAUGGUUAAGCCUUUGAACGAGUUGAUUGAUAAGCAUAACCCAGCUAAGUACAAGGAAUAUAACUAUGGGAAGUUCUAUACCACAAGAAGGCUAAGCGACUUUAAAAAGCUCAAUGUUGAAAAUAUCCAAAUUCAUCAUUUUAGAAUAGUUGAAUAGUUUAGGAUCUUUUGAGCAAAUAAGCUAGUAUAAUUUGUUAUAUAUUCUAGAAGGAAACUUCUAGAAACAUCUUACACUUCAUUUGGUUGUUGGUAAUAAUUGGUAUGAACGACAAUGGUCAUACUUGUUAUACAUUAUUCAUCUCAAUUUCUUUACAAAAAUCUUUUUUA